GAAGCCCCUGUGGCGCAGGAGUGAAAAGAGAAAAAAAAACAACGUGGAGCUAACGUCAAGUUUGGGGAGAACGAAGUGACACCAUGUUGGGGAACACGGGGACUUACGCUAACAAGAAGAGGAAGAAGCCUGUCCUCAAACAAAAGAAAGUCUCUGACGGCAAAGAGGUUGUCAAAUCAAACCCUUCAAAGCGACACCGGGAUAGGCUGAAUGGGGAGCUGGACCGCCUCACGGACCUCUUGCCCUUCUCUGAGGAUGGUCGCUCUCGUCUGGACAAACUGUCAGUCCUUCGCCUUAGUGUGGGUUACCUGAAGGCCAAGAGCUAUUUUAAAGCCAUCAUGAAGAACAGCAGCAGCAGUCUAAAGGUUCCUAGGCUGAACGGGCAGAAUGGGAACAACAUGGACACCACAGGCUUCUCCGAGGGCGACCUGCUGCUCCAGGCGUUGAAUGGGUUUGUGAUGGUGGUCACGACGGACGGUUUGGUGUUUUAUGCCUCUCCCACAAUCAAGGAAUACCUGGGCUUCCAUCAGUCGGACGUGGUUCACCAGAGUGUCUUUGAUCUCAUCCACACUGACGACCGAGACAUGUUCAGACAGCAGCUGCACUUCGCCCUGAACCCACAACCAAUCAGCACGGCAGGAAAUGGCUUGCAGAGCUUUGGUAACACAGAUAGGUACAGUCCUGAGCACCUUCCUCCAGAGAACUCGUCCAUCCUGGAGCGGAGCUUUGUGUGUCGCUUCCGCUGCCUCCUGGACAACUCGUCCGGCUUUCUGGCGUUGAAGUUCCAGGGGCGACUGAAGUUCGUCCACGGUCAGAGUGUUGUGAGCGACAACAGGACGUGCAGCCACCCUCAGCUGGCUCUGUUUACCAUUGCUAUGCCUGUUCAGUCCCCGUCCAUCGUGGAGAUCAGAGCAAAAAUGAUUCUGUUUCAAACCAAACACAAGCUGGACUUCACACCCAUGGCCAUUGACAGCAGGGGGAAAAUAAUCCUGGGCUACUCAGAGACUGAACUGUGUAUGAAAGGCUCCGGCUACCAAUUCAUCCACGCAGCUGAUAUGAUGUACUGCGCUGACAGACACAUGCGCAUGAUUAAAACAGGAGAGAGCGGACUCACUGUCUUCAGGCUCCUCAGUAAGUCAAACAGCUGGGUGUGGGUGAAGGCCAAUGCAAAGCUGAUCUUCAAAGAAGGACGACCAGAAUUCAUCAUCGCAUAUCAGAAAGCUUUAGUCAACACUGAGGGUGAGGAAUAUCUGCGUCAGAGGAGCCUGCAGCUUCCCUUCAGCCUCACAAGAGGAGAGGCCAUCCUCUACAACACCGGCCCCACUGUGGACAUCACGCUCCCUCAGUUCAAUAAAAUGUUCAGCAACACGGACACAAGCAAGGACGUGGCCCCCCGCUCUUUACUGGACUGCUUCCUGAGACAGGAUGAAACGGCGUACAUCCAGACAGUGGAGCCGCCCUUGCCUGUGGACCAGGUUUUCAAGGAAAGCCACGCUCUAGUCACCAUUCCCAGUGACGUGUGGCAGGAAAACAGGGCCCUGGUCGAUACAGGCGACCCUGUCGCUGUGAAAGCAGAGGCCAAGCAGUCAGUGAUGGCUGUGAUCGACAGCUUUGAAAAAAUGGCUCAAAAUGGCGACUUCAGUGCGGCGCUGCAGAAUAUGGAGGUGGACGACGCUGAGCUGAUGGAGUUGGAAAACCCGCUGAAGAGAUUGGGUCAGGACGAGGAUCAGCAAAACAACGUCAGCUCUGAGCUGGACAGCAUCCUCACAAAUGACAUAUUUGACUACAUUGACAGGGUUUUAUUCCAGGAGAAGGCAGGCGAUGGUCUGGAUGCCAGACGUCCCAGCAGCCUCUGCAAUAAUCCACAGGAGCCCUUCAGUGACGCUGCUCUGUUCUCAGCCAAUCAGCUCUGUGAGCCACAGUUGUUUAAUACACAGAGUCCUCAUCAUACCUUCUCUCCAAAGAAUGGACUCUACACUCACCAGCAGGAUCCAGGGCAGAGCUUAUCAGACUCUGCUCAGAUACUCAACAGCACCCAGAAACUCUCGCACCAAGGUCCCCUCAUUGCUGCGGCUGACACCAACCUACCGGCUCUUCAACAGCUGCAGCUCCAGGACAUUUUCAGCCCGUCGAUAGAGCUCCCAGAUCUUGUUGUUCCUGACGCCCCGGCCCCAUUCCAGUCCUGCGGGCAGGUGCCCAUCAGCCACAUGGGAGGGGUACAGAGGUUCCCUGCUCAGACACAGUUCCUGCCAAACAAUUUUCCGGCUCCUGCGAUGGCAGGGAAUGGACACAUGCUGCAGAGCUCUGUUAAACAACCAAAGAACAUAGCACCCGGUGUGGUGGACAUUUUGCCACAACUGAUUCCCUGCAAUGACUUAAGUUCCUCUACCCCACAGAUCAUUCCCAUUCCCUUUGCUGCAGCUUGUCUGCAGGGAAGUUCCCCCUUUGAAACGCACAUGGUUCAGCAGUGGCCACAGGGUCAGCAGCAGAAGCUGCCUCAGUCUGGCAUCAUGCAGAACGGACAUCAGCUGAUGCCAGCCUGUCACGGCCAAACUUCCGAAAGCCAAACAGUCCCGCACAGUGGUCUAUGGCCCAGGCGAGUUACCGGACUGAACCACGCUCUGCAAGGCGGGCUGGCAUGUGGACAGGCAGCUACUCACAGCAGCUGCAUGUUUGAGCAGCAAUUUUCCUCCAGUCCAGCAGUGGGUGACAUGCUGGCUCUCUCUGGGUCUUCGGGCCUGAGGCAAACAGGAGUGACACUGGAUCCGAGUCCUCUUCAAGGUUCCUGCUGCUUCCAGUGGAGCUGCAGUGAACCAGUGGUGGGAGCAUUGACCAUCAACCAGGAGAACGGCAACAUCCCGUCCGAGCACAUUCAGCACUACCAGGAAAACCACAGGCAGACACAGGAUGAAAAGCUCUCGGCUGAACUCAAUGGGAUCUUUGCGGCUCCUCCUCAUGACGUAGCCAUGUACUCUGCGUAGUCGAGGACGACACGGUGCCUGUAUCAGUGCUUUUAAUGCUUACCUUCCUGUUUUAUAUCACUUUGUAUUAUAUUUACUGUGUCCGCUCUCAUGUUUGUCAGUUUCUAGUGAAGAUACACUUAAAAAAAUAACAAUAAUGAAAAUAUAAAAAAUAAAAAUGAAGUAUAAAGCCGAAAGUGCCUGUACCAGGAUGGAACUUUAGCCAGUUGGUAAGCUGGGUCCAGGGAACCCUAAAAAUACUAGAAAAUGUUUUUACAAGGGAAACAGUGCUCAUGUCCACAGAUUUCCCAGAUUUAGAUACAUGAAAACACUCAGAAUGUGAUUUUUUUUUUUUAAAUUAAACACAGCUGUACCACCAUCAUCCAUAUCACUACAGAUGAAUCAAUUGUAUAUAUUUUGAAAGUGUCACCUGCUCUUUGUUGCUUUUCCAGGAUUAGGUCUCAGACAGUGGAAAACAAUUCCUGAAUCUGCUUCCUUAAUCAAAUUGGUUUCAAGUUUCAAUAAAAUCAGCUCAGUAGUUUCUUCGUAAUCCUGCUAAAAGACAGAAAAACAGCAAUUAAAACAUAUGAUUAAAACUUCCUUAGCGGAGGUUACAAAUGAUGGAUGAACUUAAUACAUAAUUUCACACCUUCACCAGAGAUGUGAGUGAAUUUGCAGCAUCUCUCAACCAAACAUUCACAAAUUUCUCUUCCAUCCUCAUAUUAUCUGAUCUCGUUACUAUAUUUUCCACUUCCCACACUAAGCCAUAUACAGUGUAACCCUUUUUUCUGUGCCGUCUUGCCUGAUAAGCAGCUCAAAAAUAUUUUUAUUUUGUGUCUUUUCUUUAUCUUCAUAUUCACCACACUACAAAAAGACAUGGCAGCUUUACCACGUAUUUCCCGCUGCAUUGUGGGAAAUCACUCAGUAUCUCACCUUCCAUUAAGAUUCUGUUUUGUGAUUUCAAACCUUAACGUCUGAGGACACUUAAUGAAUCGUCUUUGAUGUCGGACUUUGAUACGGCCUCGGAUUAAACAACAAACCUGGAGCCAAAUGUUUUCUUCACAGUUGUAUUCAUAUUUUUAAAUGUGUGCCUUGACAGUCGCCAUAUUUCCCUUUAUUUGUACAACAACUGUUCAGUUUAUUUAGCCAAGUAGUAGAAUUACCUAUAUCAUAAUACAAUAUGUAUAUUAAAUACGUAACAACCUCUUUUCUACUGAUAAAUGCUUUUUCAUAAAUGUUUGUUAUGAUUAAAA